UUCUACUUCCAUUCCAAAAUGUAAAACGCUUUAUCUUGUCUCGUCUCCUCGUCUGAUCAAAAUCUGAUAGGGUGAUAGGUGAUUUGAAUUGAGAGAUAACAGAUAAGUAAUAUUUGUGAAAUCUAGUAGAUAGGAUCCGGAAAGGAAGAUUUAGUUAAAAAUCAAAUUUAAACGUCCUUUUACGUGUGCAAGUGAUCAAAUCAAUCUGCCAAAAUGAUGAGCGCUGAUAAAAUGGCGAAAUACCUGAAUGGGUGUGAAGUUAAGGAAACUGUGCAGAAAUGCCUGGAGCUUUUGAAACUUAUACCUGAAGAUUCGGAAGUGAUGUUGAGUGAAAAUAUAAUGGAGGUAUUGAUUGAUGCGGUGAGCGAUGCUGAAGUAGGUCUGAUCGAAUUCCUGCGGAAAGGUGGUUUGAAUGUAUGUCUAGCUUACAUCAAAGGGCCGUAUGUAGGCCUACGGUUGAAGGCCUGCCGUUUAAUUGCAGAAAUAACCCAAAACAAUUAUCCGGCUCAAGACGCUGCAUACUCGGCUGGAUUAUUGCCGAGUCUUAUUAAACAGAUUGAUACUGAUACGGAGAUGAAACAUGCCAUGUCUGCAAUAUCUUCUAUCGUACGUGGACAUCCUGAAGCCAUGAAAUUUUUCGUUCAAAAUGGAGGACCAGAAUUUCUUCGGAGAGGGCUGAGAGCAGAGAGUGUGGACAUUGUCAUCAAGUUCGCGUUCUUCGUGGGUAAUGCCUUUACUGACUGCCGAUCAUUGAAAGGUGAUAUUCGUGCUGUAGGAGUUGUUGCUAUUCUUCUGAAGAGGAUCGACAAAGCUGUGGAAAUUAACGAGGAAUAUCUUGUGGAGACACUUUUGGGUGCGCUUAUUGAUAUUGUUGAUGAUGAUAACCAAGCUAUUGAAGAGUGUCAACUACCUGAAAAUAGAUUGAGAGAAAACUUGAGGAUUUGCAAAGAAACAUACCCACCCUCACCAUGUUCGGAUUUAGCACGCUUCGUGCAAAUACUCACCGAUAAACUGUUUAAUGGUACUGUUCAAGAUGCCGAAUAAAUCUCCUAUUGACCAAACAGAGUGAAAGAGUUUCCUGACAAAAUGGCGUAUGUACUACCAACAUACAACUCUUUUAACAGCUUCAAAACACUUUAUCUUGAUGUGAUGCUUGAUGUCUAUGAAACUGUGUAUUGCAGUCUAUGUGUGUUUCUAUCUUGUUUGAUAUAUCCUAUAUCUCAUAACUGUAGUAUUUCAUAAUUCAACAAAUAUUCUAUUAAUUUAUCAAGAUAUUAAAUUGCUACCUAUUAGUUAUAUUCUAUUUCAAAUACAUCUAUUGGUUAUAUUCUGUUAUAUUCUCUUUAAAUAUAUAGACUGUUCCAUGUUUAAUUAUUUAAUUUUCUUAAAUGAUGGUGUGAAUGUGUUUGCGUGUGUUUUUUUAGCUCCUGCUCAUGUACAAAAGAUUUGUGAGUAGUAAAUUAUUAUUAGUUAGAAUAUACAAGGCUACUUUUUUAUUGACAAAAGAAGAGAACAUUAAAUAAAAUAUUAUUAUUUACUUAAAUUUUUUUAUCAUGUUUUAUCAUCAUCAUCGUCUUCAUGAUUAUUUAUUGUCAAUGUAUAUAAUUUUUAAUAUUACAUUAUGGAAGUCAUUAUUUUUAUUUUUGUCAAAUUUUAUUUAAGAAAACCGCUGUUUUUCUACUAAAAAAUCUCAUAAUUGUAUGGAUGAAUGAACUGUUGUUUUAUAACUUACACGCAAUUUAAACAUUGCAUUUUAAUUUGAACUUUGUCCAGACUGAUAAGUUCCAAUUUUAGUGUUGUUAGUUCACCUUGUUUGACAAAUGUGAUAUUUUUUUAUUUACUACUACUACUACUACUACUACUAUUUUACUACUUUUUAUAUAGGGCUACUACUAGUACUUGAUAUUUACUAUUAGAAAACUAGUACCCUUUAUUUUUUCUAAAACACCACUGGUUUUGGUAAAUGCUAUUUUCAAGUGUCCAAAUUUUAUUUUUAUCUAUCUCAAGUUAAUACGUUAUCAGAUGUUUUCAAUGGUAUAGUAUCUGUCACUGGAAUAACUUAAGAUACAUUCUCAAUUUCCAGCUAUAACUUUGAAAAACUGUAAUGUUGCCAUUAAAUGUUGUGAAAAAAUCCAUUUAAAUGUUGUGAAUAAAAAUUCAAAUCAAUCGCU